AGUACAAUUGCAUUCUGUUUCUUCACCUGAGGUUAAGUUACAGAAGACCAUGCAUGACCUCUGCUGGUGGAAGGAGAUAUUAACAAAUUGAUUGACUUGCCUGUCCAUGUACUGUGUGUUAAGAGAUGGACAGAGGAAGAAAAAGAAAAUUGGACAGAGAAAGUGAAAACACCAAACGGAGAAGGAAGUUUCAGGCCACAACACCUCCCUUUCUCAACUACCUGAAAGAUAUUCUGCACAGAUAUCCUGACGGCGGACAGAUAUUAAAAGAACUGAUUCAGAAUGCUGAUGAUGCAAAAGCAACAAAGGUUGUGUUUCUGUAUGAUGAAAGGAAUUAUGGGACUGACAAUCUCUGUCAAGAUGACCUCCACAGGUUUCAAGGACCUGCAUUGCUGGCUUACAACAACGCGGUCUUCACAGAAGAAGAUUGGUGUGGUAUUCAGGCUACAGGAAGGAGUGUCAAAAACAGGGAUCCAAACAGAAUUGGACGUUUUGGCAUUGGUUUCAACUCUGUUUACCAUAUAACUGAUCUGCCAUGCAUCUUCAGUGGUAAAAAUGUGGGCUUCAUGGACCCCCAGAACAAAUAUUUUGAGGAUGGUGGAUGUAAGUGGUCUUUAGAGAAUGAAGAUGAUCAAGAAGAACUAGAGAAAUAUUCAAACCAGUUUGAGCCACUGAAACAAACCCUGAGUGUGACUGGCAGCCAUGCAUCUUGGGAUGAUGUGCUUCGAGACAAAAACUUCCAGGGAACCCUGUUUCGAUUUCCAAUGCGGAAAGAGCUUUCACAGAUAUCGGGCAACCUGUAUGACCAAAGCCGGGUCUUCGAUCUCUUUGAUUCCUUCAGAACUGAUGCAGACAUGUGCUUACUCUUCUUGAGAAAUGUAGCCUACAUCUCACUGAAGCAUAUUGACCGAGAUGGCAAUGUUGAGAACAUUCUUACCAUCUCAGCCUCGCAGGAAGAAGUGAUCCCUGGCGGCACAGAUCAGGAAAGACUGAACUUGCUCUCGGGAGCAGAAGCCACUUCUUUCUUGAAAACUAUAUCAAGUGUGAAUCCUUCUGAAGAGAAGAGCUGUAAGUGGCUGGUGUCUACCUUCACAGCAACUGCUGGCGAACAUGAUGAAUUACACAAACUUGCUGAAAAGCUGAACUAUCGGCCCUGUAUUGGGCUUGCCUUCCCCUUAGACGCCAACCACAAUGGUAAAUUCAAAGGCCGUCUCAGCUGUUUCCUGCCACUGCCCGACAAUGACACCAACAUCAUAGGCCUGCCGGUCCACGUGAAUGCAUGUUUUGGGCUCACAGACAAUCGUCGAUACAUCAAAUGGGUGGAGGAAGACCAGAAGCACGAUGAGGCUGCUCAGUGGAACGAGCUCCUGGUUGAAAAACUCCUCCCGUCAGCAUACUGCCAGAUCAUUCUGGAUGCCAUUGCCUUAACCCUCCAUGAAGGCCCAUCCAUGAACCCAUCAAUGGUCUACAACCUCUGGCCCGACCUGAAAAGCAUAGCUCACCAAGAACGUUGGGCGACGAUGGUAAACAGCAUGGCCAGGCUCUUAGUAGAAUGCAGGGUCCUUUGUUCAGCACACAGGGCCACAGAUUGGAUAAGAGCAGAGGACGCUGUCUUUCAAGAAUUGGGUGAAGAUCCGGAAAUUAUGGCUGCUGUGGAAAGUUUCCUCCUAUCCCAACAGAAGCUUUUGGUCAAGGUUCCUAGCCAUGUCUACGACAUGGUUCGAUCAGUGUCAGAAUGCCGGCUAACAGUGGCCACCCCUGCAUUUAUACGCAAAAUUCUUGACCGCUGUAACUUGGAUUCAACACCUCGUGAUCAAAAGAUCCUGCUGCUGGAGUUCAUACUCAGAUGUGAAGAUUCCAAGGAACUUGAAAGGAUUCCACUGCUGCCUUUGAGCGAUGGAUCUUUUACCAGCUUUCAAGCCUCCAGCUGUGGUGAAAAGGUUUUCAUUGACAGUGAAGACUUCCCAAGGACACUGCUACCUGGACUGGAAAAGAGGUUCAUUUCUGAAGAUCUGAAGCCCACUGUUCGUACUGCGCUACAGAGAUUGGCUUCAAAGAAUGACUUAAGUGUACAGUGCUUGAAUGUGAGGCUUGUGACUGACAACAUAAAAGAUGCUCUCCCAUUUAAUUGGGCCCAUGGCUUGGACCAUGUCAGCUGGGAUACAAGAAACAACUUGCAUGCAUCAGACAAAUGGCUCCCUCAACUCUGGCAAUUCCUGAAAAGACACUGUCCUGCUGACCUCCGUCCCUUUGAAGGACUGCCGGUUAUACCACUCAGAUGCCAAGCUGAAGCAAAAGGGACAGUUAAACUGGCACGUCUAAUAAAGAACACAACAUUGAUUUUUCAGGAGCUUAAUGGAUACCAUUUGCGAAAAGAAAUUGUUGACAUAAUAGGAAAGCUUGGAGGCACAGUAAUCAAGCAGAGUGAUGCAUUUUUAGAUCAUCCCAAGCUAAAAGAUUACAUAUUUCUUCCAUCUGUGAAUAACUUCCUAACCUUGCUUUCCAACCUUGGUCUUGAUGCUGUCAAAACUAAACUUUGUUUUAUGUCUGUGGAGGAAAGAAAACAGAUAAGGAGCUUUCUAUCUAAUGCGAACACCUUUUCAGAGGCUGAGAAAAGUCUUAUUUCUGAACUACCCAUCUUUCACCAAAUGCCCUCUCUCACAUCUUCCAGUAAGGGUCUCACAGCUGCCACAAACAAUGCAGCAAUAAAUUGUGAUACAUUGCCCAGAAUUCCAGAAGACCUAAUCCUGCCUAAAACAGUCCUGAAGUGCACAGAUGAAUGUGAUCGAAAACUUCUCUUACAACUAAAGGGCAAACUUCUGGCUGCUUCUGAUGUCGCUCUGCAAGUUAUAACAGGGGUUGAAGAUGGUCUCUAUGAGGAUCACCAAAAGAGCAAAAAUAUGCUGUGGAUUUUGAGCAACAGUGACAUGAUUUUCAACCAGAAUGAUUUAAUCCGUGAGAAAUGUAAAAAGCUGAAGUUUCUGAAUUCGAUGCAACCCUCUGACCUGUUUGACCCAGAGGUAAAAACAUUCAGAGACCUGUUCAGUCGCAACUUCUUUCCACCUGAAGAUUUCAAUGAAGGAGGUAUACUGAAGACAUUGCGUGACCUAGGUUUGAGAUCUUCACUUCAAGAUAUCAAAGCAUUUGAAUUCCUAGAGGCUGCAACAGAAGUGGAUCGAGAUAAAAAUGACCAAGCUCGUAAAAAGUCAGAUGCUUUAAUAACUGUUUGUAAUGAUACAGACGUUCUCUUCAAGUUUUCUUCCAUGCAGCUGGAAACUCUUUGCUCACUGGCUUGGGUGCCAAGUGAAAAAGGAACACAAAAAGAAAGUCCUAAUUGGCAUAAACCUAAAGACAUAAAGGACUCGAGUUUGGGCAGUUUAAUCGGCUCAGUCAUCCCUCUCACUACAAAAUUUAAAAGUAAGGCGUGCAAAGUUUUAGGACUGAUUGAUCCUCCUCCACCUGUGAAGGUCAUUGAAAAUCUCAAAGUACUGUCUGAGAAUUAUAAAGCUGAAGAUAAGUUUUUAAUCCUGAUAAAUGCAAUCUCGAUCUACAGCCACAUUCAGGAGAACCUUGCUGGGUUUGCAAAUCUAACUGACCUUCCCAUUUGGAAUGGAGAUGGAUUUUCACAGCCGAAAGACAUUAUCCUUACGUACCCAAAGGAAUUAGACUUGAGCCACUGCAUAAAGAAGGUCCCGUCAGAGUUGUCAAAGUACAGUGACUUGUUGAAAAAGUGUUGCGUCCGGGAUUCUCUGAGUCCUGAUGAAGUGGUUAAACUACUGUAUGAACUGAAGAAGGACAUUGAUUCCCGCAUAAUCAGUGGAAGGACAGAGGAACUGCAGUUAGCUAUUUCUAUUCUAGAGUGGAUGCGGAAGACCAAUCAAGAUCUGAAAAGUCUAAAUUGUGAAAAUGACCUUCCAGUGCCAGUACACAAGAAAGGCAUAGAUGGGGAUUUUUGUUUGCAGCCCUUGUCCAAAGGCCUGUAUCGUGAUAUUUCACCAGAAGCACUGGAUGACCUCCAGGAAGAGGAAGAGGAAGAGGAGUUUUAUGUUGUUCAUAAGGAAAUACUCCAGGCCACAGCCGAAUACUUGCAGAUUCGCAAUCUCAGCACAAGGAUACUGAUGCCGGAAUUUAUUGAGCAGUGUGGGCAAACUGAAGCUGUAACUUCCAGAAUAAAAAACAUUCUCAAAGAAUACGAUGAGGAAAGCGACCUUUUCAAAGAGCUAAUCCAGAAUGCGGAGGAUGCUAAGGCGACGGUUUGCUGCUUUCUGGUGGAUAUGAGGCAAAACAAGGACUCCCCAGAGAGUCUCAUUGACCCGGGUAUGGCCUCAUGCCAUGGUCCAGCACUCUGGUCCCACAACAAUGAGGUUUUCACUGAAGAUGAUUUCAAAAACAUAACUAAAAUAGGCUCAGCCUCAAAGGAAAAUCAAGCAGAAAAGAUAGGGAAUUUCGGAUUGGGGUUUAAUGCAGUGUAUCACAUAACAGAUAUACCUUCAAUCUUGAGUGGCAAGACUCUGCUAAUCUUUGACCCAAAUGUCACACAUCUCGAGAAACAUAUUAAAAGCAAAUCCAACCCUGGAAUCAAGCUUGACCUUUCCAGAAGUGACCGUAUGGUCAAGAGAUUUCCAGGCCAGUUUAAACCAUACCAUAACAUAUUUGGAUGCGAUAUAAAAGCUGACCAAUUUCAUUAUCAAGGAACCCUAAUAAAACUCCCCUUCAGGACAGCAGUGGAAGUUGACAGGUCUGACAUAAGCAACAAGUGCUAUGAUGAGAGCAGGAUCCAGUCACUAGCAUCUACUUUUAAAGAAACCUCUCAAAACAUGUUGCUCUUUUUAAGGAGAGUUGAAAAGGUCAGUUUAGAAGUAUUGUUCCAAACAGCAAGCACGGAGCACCAAAAUAGUGCCACCCCAAUCCUGACACUGACUAGAAAUGAGUUCUGCAAUUAUGAUGUGGCAGAUGACAUCCCAUUCAGACACCUGCAGAAUAAUUCUGUUAGCAGACUGGAGAGCUUUAAUGGAAAAUGCAGGAAAAUUAUUGACAUUAAUACUUUCGCUAUUAAGGAGAUCAGAUCCGAAGUCCCAAAUUCUAAGAAGAUGUCCCAAUACUUCCUAGUUCACUCCUGCUUUGGUGUAGGCAAAGCCCUACAAAUGGUCUGUGAUGCAAGACAGAGUGUUUUGGCUCUUCCACUUGGAAGUGUGGCUGUUCCUUUAAUCAAGAGUAAGGAAGCACCUGAGAAGUGGCGACCAGAUACUGAAGCUGCUGCUGGCCAGGUCUUUUGUUUCCUUCCACUUUCUAUCCAUUCUGGGCUCCCUGUUCACAUUAAUGGAUCAUUCUCAGUCACUUCCAACAGAAAGAAUCUCUGGACCACUGGCUUAAAGGGAGAUUGGAAUGAAGCAUUACUACAGGACACAGUAAAUGUAGCAUAUAUAACAACGCUCCUGCAAUUACAAAAGAUGUGUCAAGAAGGCAAGAUUGAAGACUAUGACUAUUACACAUUCUGGCCCAACAUGGAAAAGGUUUUGAAGCCAUUUACUGCAACUGCAAAGGCAUUUUACGAAGCAGUGGCAAAGGGAUUUCAAGGUUAUCCUUUAAAUUUACUCUGUAAUGGAAGUGACUGGUGUGCUAUUGACAACGCACGAUUUCUGGAUUCUAAAAUCAUCAACACUGAGAAAAUAGGAAUAACUGCCAGUAAAGAAUUUGCUGACCGGCUAAAGCGACCACUUCAAGCUGUGGUCUUGCCAGAUUGGGUGAGAAAAGGUUUUACUGCUAAUGGAUAUGGUGACAUAAUUGACAAACACACUUAUGGCUGGCCUGAAUUCUACAGCAAAAUAGUCUUUGACAAUUUGCAAUCCAUGGACGCUUGCACAAGGAAUGUAUUUGUCCUCCAUGCAAUUGACAUGAGAAACCCAAGCAUUGAUGAAAUGUUAAAAGCCAAACCCUGCAUUCCAUCCUGCAAGAGAGGGGAGCUGCAAUAUAUUCAAAAUCUCAUUCACCCAAAGGGAAAAAUUGCCCUCCUGUAUGAUGAAGAAGAUGGUAGGAUCCCUACAGGAUCAGAAGGAAAUUUUCUUGAUCCAGAGAGACUCGCAAGACUAGAAACUCUUGGCAUGAUCAAAGACAACGCCUCUGUUUCUCAACUCCUAGAGAGAGCACAAACAGUGAAAUACUUAUGGCAAAAAAAUAAGGCAAAAGCUUACAAGAGAGCACAGAACAUUUUGGCACUGCUGAACAAUGUAAAGAUGAACAAUGCAGACCAACAAAUGAUUCAGGAUAUUGUCUUUCUUCCAGCGCUACCCCCCUUCUCUCCUGCAAAAAAUGUCUGUCUUAGAAAACCAAAGGAGUUAUACAGCCACAAACACAAGAGGCUUGUCAAUAUGAUUCAACCAAUAUUGGCCAAAAUGAAGUUCGAGUCAGACUUUAGAAUGUCUUCAAAUGUCAUAUCAAUCUUGGGUUUGGACAAAGAACCAUCCUUGGAGACUGUGAUAUUGCAGCUAAAAAAAGCUUCUGACUGUUGCCAUGAGAUACAGCCCACUGAAAUGAAUAUCAUUGUUGAAACAUGUUACUCCUAUCUCAACAAAUAUCUUAAGAAGCCAAACUCCUCCUGGGAAAUCCUUGCUAGGGAUCUGAAAUUUAAUUGCAUCUUUGUUGAAGGAAAGUUUGUGGCCUUUGAUAAAGUUGCCCGCCAAGUGUCAUUUGAUGCUACCCCCUAUCUUUACAAACUGCCGUCCGAAUACACAAAAUAUGAUCACCUCUGGAGGUGUAUUGGCAUUAAAAAGAGUUUCUCACAUUUAGAUUACACCUCUGUGCUUCAGCAGAUAUCUGAAAUUUACAAAGGCAAAAGCCUUAAUAAAUCCGAUCUUGAUCUGAGUCUUAGAGUGAUUACAACAGGCUUUGGUGAGCUUCCCGAAGAGGAAGAUACUGAUUCCUAUGAAGUCCAGAACAUUUUGCUUCCAGACACCAAGGGUGUGCUUCGACCAGCCAGCAAGCUACACUAUAAUGACACACCCUGGCUGGUGCUUAAUGAGAAUAAAGCUCUCUGCCACAAGCAUAUAAACCGUGAAGUUGCUCUUCGGCUAAAAGUACAGACCACAAAACACAAAGCCCUGGCUGAUAUGACAGUGGAUCCGUUGUCACGCUGGAUGAAACCAUUCGGAGCCCAUGAAGAGCUUACAGCACGUCUAUCAAACAUUAUCAAGGCAUACCCAUCCAAGAAAGAUAUACUGAAGGAGCUAAUACAAAAUGCUGAUGAUGCCAAGGCAACUGAAAUACAUUUCAUAUGGGACCAAAGAGACCACCCCACUGAGAAAACCUUUGGAAAGCAGUGGAUUCCGCUACAAGGGCCCGCACUUUGUGUCUACAACAACAAAAGGUUUGCGGAAAAAGACUUUGAAGGAAUUCAGCGUCUGGGAGAGGGAGGAAAAGGAAAUGAUCCAGAGAAGACUGGAAAGUACGGCCUGGGAUUUAACUCUGUCUAUCACCUAACAGACUGCCCUUCUUUUGUAUCAGGGGACAGUCGUCUGUGUGUUUUUGACCCUAAUGUUGCCUACCUGCAAACUGCUACGCAUAGAGAUCCUGGUGGUGAAAUAGCCAUUAACAAUGAGUUCAAAACAACAUUUCCAGAUGUCUAUGAGACCUACUUGCCCUCAUUUUAUGACCUUGACAAGGGCACGCUCUUUCGAAUUCCCCUGCGAACAUCUGAAAUGGCUGCAAAUUCAAAAAUAGCAAAUGCACAGGUUGUAAACGAUGAUGAUAUCAACAGUUUGAUUGAUGUGCUGAGGGAAGACUCAGCGAGUCUCAUACUGUUUUUAAACAACAUACAGAAUAUAACCUUCCAAAAACUUGGAAAGGAAACCAACAAACUGGAGACACUGUUCACUGUGGAAAUAAAGAUGUCUGAAGAGAGUAUGAAAAAGAGACAAGACUUCCAGGAAAAAGUGCAAAAGAUUGCAGAUCUUAAAACUGAAGUGGCAGAUAUAGAGCCCUACAAAACUGUGUAUGAGAUUGAAAUUCACUGCAAAGAGAAAAGACCAACACAAUGGAUACUAGCAAAGCAAGUGGGUAUACAGGAGGAAAGGAUCUGUGCUUCUAUGCAAGAACUUGAACUGGAUCAAAUGCUAUUGCCCCAAGGAGCUAUUGCAGCAAGUCUGAGUUUUAAUAUAGAAGGCAGAGCCUUCUGCUCCCUUCCUUUACCGGUUGAAACUGGACUCCCUGUUCACGUCAAUGGGAACUUUGCAGUUGAUUUUGCCAGGAGGGACCUCUGGAAACAAGAUGGUCCAAAUGUGAAGUCUGAGUGGAAUGAAUACUUAAAGAUCUAUGUAAUUGCUCCAUUGUAUGGUGACCUGCUUUCAUACAUAAUUGAGGAUUUGUUCAAGCAGAAUGACAUGACUUCAAGAUUCAAAAAUAAAGAAAUCUGCAAUGAGGAUCUUGAACCAUUUUUAAGACUCUUUCCUAGUAUUUGUGAAAUACACCCACAGUGGCAAGAUACAGUUCACCAGGUCUACAGAUCUAUCCAUGUUAGGAAACAGGAGCUUAUUCCUGUAUUCUUGUGGGAAAAUACACAUUACAAACAAACAGACCUAGAUCCAAUAAAGAUACUUACAGUUUCCUGGUCUAGUGUUGGAAAACAAAAGUGUACAGAGGAACCUCACUUCAUAACUGAAACUUACACGGAGGAUGAAGUAAUGGCUUUACAAAGCAUGGAGAUGAAAUUAGUUUUCCCCUUUAAAAACUUGGAAAGAAUAUUGGAAGGAUUUCAAAGAGCAGGAACAAAUGUUACUUCCCUGAAUCCAGAAUCUCUCAGGAAGUUUCUGAUGGCCCAUCCUUUACUGAACCAAAACGAUAGCCUUUCUCUACAUAUUAAUCAGUCGCCAAUGAAAAAGGAAAGCCAAUUACAACUUCUUUUAGAUUAUUGCCUUAAGGAUGUAAAGAAAGAAAACAUCAGCUGUGUAGAGGGUCUGCCGCUUUUAUUAACUCAUGAUGACAUUGUGAGGAGGUUUCAGUUGGAAGCACCAAAAUAUACUACACAAUUUCAUGAUCUGUUCCCAGAGUUAAAUCAUCUGUUUUUAAAAAGUGAGAAUAGCAUUAUGGAUUCACUGAAAGAGGCUGGAUUUCUGAAAGAUUUCACAAUCGCUGAUUCUGCACAGUUUAUCAGAGAAAAACUGGCUCAGGAAGUCUCUGAUGAUGACUGCUGCUCAUGGCCAGUUUUAGAAAAGAAAAAUGAAGAUUGGAUAAAAAGACUGUGGAAAUAUUUCAAUAGCAUGUUUGUCAUCACUGAGUCUUCAAAACAGAAUAAUAUGGCAGAAUUCAAUGAACUAAAAUUUCAUUUUGGAGACCUUGGAAUCUUACCUGUUUCAAAUCCAAGACAGCACAAUCAAAACAUCCUGGCUUCACUUAAUUGCUUGCAAAAUGUGAUUAGCGAAUCAGAACCAGACAGCAUUGGCAGACUUCUGUCAAAAAUUGGCUUUGCCCAACUUGGCUUUUCCCAUUUGCCACUCCAUAUUAGACAUCACAUAAUCGGACCUAACUUACUACAAACUAGAGAACAUUCCUUAGUUCUUCAACAGCUGACUCGUAAGAAAGAACUACAAUGGAGUGAAUUAUCCAAUCCAAUUGAGUAUGACAAAAUGCUACUGUUCCUUUUGGAGGGUCUACAGAAAUGCAAGAACAAGCAGUUAUACAAGGACCAACUCAGGUCUUUACCUCUCUUUGAAAUGAUGCAGGGACACCGGCAAAGCAUUAACAGGUUUAAAGAGGUGUUCUUUCUGAAUUCAAAAUGCAAUGUAACUUGUACAGAUUUGUACCAGGUGGAUAGUACAAUUGCAUUUCUCAAGAAUACCUAUAGUAAUCAACUACUUGCAAAAGAAUUAGAUAUCAAAGUAAUAAAUGACUUGGAGUUUUUCACCUCUGUACUUCUUUAUAAACUUGAACAACUGUCAGAGUCACAAAUACUUCAAGCAAUAAAGUUGCUGUUGAUAAUAAUCGAUAAGUAUCACUGGCAAUAUCAGAACGUCAAAAAUCUGAUCACCUCUGUUCUAAAACAAGUGAAGUUUAUCCGAGACAUGCAGGGGUGCCUACGAGAAGCUUCUUUUUUCUACGACAAGGAUAAUAAACUUUUCAAAACAAUGGAUUUAAAAGAGAAGUUUAUCCCACAGCCAUUUUUCACAGAAAUACAAAAUGAACACUGUGGGUUCAAAACAUUGCUGAAGGACCUUGGAAUGAAGAUGAUACCAUCACAGGAUGACAUCAUCAAUUUUGCAUCUUUAGUUGCUCACGAUGCCACAAAGGGGGUUUCUGUAAAAAUCCUGAAACCGAAAACAGAUGCUUUACUGAAGGCUCUCUUCGAGAUUAAUGAAAAGGAACUUAAAGAACAUUUCCUCAAAACACUGUCAGACAUUAAAUUCAUCUACCCUUUUGAAGUGCCUGUUGAGUUAUGUGAAUUGCAUCCUCCGCACGGGAGAGGACAACAGUUUAUUGCUUUGAAAGGAUCAAUGGUGAGACUAAAAGACAAUGAUGAAGAACUGGUUUGGACCUCCAUGCCAAUACUUCCUUUUCAGACAAGUCUUGGGGUAUUAGAAAGGUCUGGCGCCUUGUAUCUACCCCCACAAGAUUUGUUUCUUCAAAAUCUCCAAAAUGUUUCCAAAGUCGACUGCAAAAAUGAACAACUUCUAAAAACUAGAAUAAAGGUUAUAGAAGCAGCAUAUGCUUUUCUUCAAAAAAACAUAUCCUUCGACUCCAAGUCCCUAUCAGACAUUCCAUUUAUUCUUGUAGAAGACGACAAAAGUUUGGUGAAACCAAACCAGGUAGUAAUGUCAUUAAAACAUGACCUGGAAUUCCGACCAUUCCUAUAUCAACUUCCAUGCAAACUGGCUCCUUACAGAGAUCUCUUCCAAAGGAUUGGUGUUACUGAGCAGGCAACUACAGACCAUUACUGCACAGUCCUGAGAGCACUCUAUGAGGAUACAAAAGAUAUGGACUGCUUACACCCAAACCAGAAAAAGACUGCAAAAAGGGCUGUUCAACAUUUUUUUGAAAGUUUGAAGGGACAUUCUGAUGAGCAAAAUCUCCAGUCACUGAACCCACUGUACUUGCCUGCUACUGAUGGCAAGAUUUACAAGUCAAGUUGUCUGUACUACAAUGACUGUGUUACCAUUGGUCCAAAAACUGACCUGAAAUCCUUGAAGGAAAAGUUCAAAAUACUGAUUAACCUGAAUGAGUGCUACCUAGAUUGGGAUAUUUACAAAAUACAACACAUUUUGAAACUACUGUCAAAAGAAAUGCAACCUAAGAUGCUCUCACAGGCAUUAAAGGAAGACCUAGAAGAAUCAAACCUUAAACUUUGUCAGCUUGGGGAAAACUGUGAGUUUCAGCAUCAACUACAGAAUCUCUUAACAUGUCAGAAUUUCGGUGAAGGUGUGAUCUGUCUCUUGAAAAGACAGUAUGAAGGGGAGUGGAAAGCCACAGUAUCUGCUCCUGAGCUUAAAAAGAUAUUUUCUAAAAUUAGUAUCACAUGCUGCGAGAAGAUUGAAACUGUUCUGGUUUACAACUCUGAACAUUUGAAGGAUACCAAUAUGCAAAAACAGGUCUACAUCCGGAAAGACAAGGACGACCACUGUGAUUAUUUUGUAGAGCACCAGGACAGUUUCCAAGGAAGGAAGAUAUUGAAAAUAGCAAAGUGUCUAUCCAAAGAGAUUAAUGUCUUGCUAACAAACAUGCUGAAUGAAGACUCAAUUUUCAUACUCAUGGAAAUGCUCUGCUGUUGUGACCCAGAAGAUAUUCAUAAUAUAUUAACAGAAAAUGGUAUACACUCUUUAAAAUAUAAAGGGGACAGCUCUUACAAGUUACCUGAGCCUGGAGAAGUGAUUCCAAAUUAUUUUUGGGACCUUCUUGAAAUGGAUUUCUGCAACAAUUUUGAACAGGGAGAAUUUGUUGGAUACUUAGAUCCUUCUUCUAUGCCAGAUGAAGUCUACCUUUACGCGAUUGUAGUUUUGUGUCUGGGCAUGCAGAAGAGAGAAGAUGGUGAGGUGCUAAUGUAUCAAAUCCAAUUAGGUAGUGAAAACAUUGUGGAAGUCACUAAAACUGAUAUUUAUCAGUUUAAGAGGGCCAAGGGGUUCAAAAACAGCUACAGAGCUUUUGUGGACCCUGUGGCACCUGGAGAGGAACAGAACGAUAUCCCUGCUAGUGGGUUUUCAAAGUCAUUUGAAGAAAUUAAAAAGGAAAUUGACGAGUACUUUGAAAGCAUAUCAAAACUUCCAAAAGGGGAGCAAGACAAAGCAAUUCGGAGACUUUACUUAAAGUGGCAUCCUGACAAGAAUCCGGAUCAUUCCGAUCUCGCCAAUGAUGUCUGCAAGUACAUAGGGCAGUUAAAACGAGGGGAAAAGGUGUCAGCUACUCAAGGUGAAAGUGAGGAGUAUGAGGAUCUAUUUAAAAACUGGAAUAAAUACGCACGGAAUCACCAGCGGGGGAGGUCGUAUUUCCGACAAAGAUAUUCAUUCCGGGACUAUGACUUCUACAGUUUUCACCGCAGAUACCAGCCAAACCCUGAAGAAGCUAAGAGAUGGUUCAAGCAGGCGGAAUGUGACCUAUCUGCUGCUUCCACUGAUGUAGGCCAGUCAAAAACAGAAUGGGUCUUCUUUAAAGUACACCAAGCUGUGGAAAAAGCUCUCAUAGCAGCCCAGAUCAGAAAAGAAGGAAAGUACACCAAGAAUCAGAAUAUUGAAGGACUGGCAAGAACUGUCUCUACAUUUUGUGGCACUGAAGUAAUGGAUUUUGUCUACAAGCUAAUACAACAUGGUGUAGACAAUAAGACGACCCAAUACCCAACCUAUCACACAGCUCCCAACAUUCCCAAUGGACAGUUCCCUUCGGAAAAGGAACAUGAAGUGCUGCAACUGGGAAAGUCUCUCCUAGCCAAAAUACAGAACUGCAUCUGAUAUUGAAUGAUAUUCAUCAAUAACUUAAAAAAACCCCACUCAAUUACACUCCAUAGAAUUGAAGAUGAAACUUAUAUGCAAUUAUUUCUGUUAUUUGGUACUUUGGAAUUAUAUACAGUCACCUUGACUUGAGCUUUGUACAACCCAAUUAUUCAACCUUUUUGUCUACCAAUGCUAAAUGUUUGUUUGACUUGAACACAAAGUGCAAAGACUAAAGGCCGUUGCACACAGGAUCUGAUGCUUCAUUAAUCAUCCAUGUUCUGAACAUUUCGCACGUUAGUCCAUUUGCACAUACAAUGCGUUAAAAUCAUAUUUGAAUAUUGAAAAUGCCCAAAGUUAUAUCCUCGUGUAGCUCCAGCAGUGAUGAAGACGAUUGCUCAUAUGCAAUAGAAGCCAAAAUCUGAUUAAACAGCUGAGAGAGUAUCAAAGACUGAUUCAGGAACUCAAACUAAAACCUGAAAGAUCCCAUUUUUAUUUCAUAAUGUCAGUAAUUUAGUUUAAGCUUCGUCAGCACAAGCUAAAGUAUACUUCAGAGAUGCUAGCUGAGCAACGUUUCUAUGUGUCUGAGGCAUUUCAUAUUAUAGUCUGUAUAGGCUACUUGAGUCUCUAAGAUUUACUGCAAAUUCUUUUUGCGUUGCGGCAAACCACAAUAAUAAUAUAUAAAUGGAUUUUACAUCGAGUAAAAUAUGAAUGCUGGGUCAAUAAUACUAUUAAUCUGUAACUUCAUUGUUAUAAAAUAAAGAAACACUGUCCAACCUUUAACACUAGAACUGCCAGAUUUUCGAACUACCUAGAACAGCCACGUGGGUCAUUUUGACCCAUACAUUUUUAAACUGCUUCAUUAUGAAAAUUAAAGACAUACUAUCAGAUACAACUCACAAGUUUUAUUCAUGAGCAUCAUAUCUGACAUUUGCAUCGCAGAAACACCGGAUUUAAAUGAAAAAUUAAACAUAAAAGCUUUAUUUUCAAAAUGAGCGCACGACUACAAACAGAGAAAAAAUAUAAUCAAAUAUACAUUUCAAAAGAAACAGGUAUCAUAUACCCGUAUACAAGUGUAAACAGCAGGUAUAUGUACAUACAAAACUAUAAAACCGAAAUCGUUGUUUUAAUACUACAUAAAAAUAAACUAUAACACUUCUUCUGGUAUGACGACUGCAUUGCACUCUAUGGAGCGUAUGUGUCUGCCUGCUGGCUCCGUGCCUGCAUCCAGGAGCUGUGUUGUAAACACAGACGCAGUUCCAUUGAACACUAUUGUGUAAACUGGUACAUACAAACCUGUAAAACCAAAAUAUUUUUUUCUGAAAGUAAUAUGAAAAAAAGAAUAUAUAACAUACAUUUCAUAUUAGGCACAUAAGUUGUUAUCCUACCUGUCAUUUCAGUUUGCUGUGUGCAUCUGAGUGAAGUUUGCCAUAUCCCAAUCAAAAUGACUACUUUCAAGACUAAAUAUUUCCUUCUGAUAUAUUCCCAGUUGUAUGUCUGGAACAAAAUGAAGGAUUGAUGUCUCCCAGGUACAUUGAAAAAUAAAGCAUAGGAUUUCACUGAGUUGGCAUCUUGGUGCAAUUGUACAAAUCCACAAUCAUAGCAAUCUCUGUCUCGUAGUCUACAAACAAAGAAAGGCUUGAAAUAAAAUUAAAAAAAAACGUGUGCUAGAGGAGGAGUGGGCGUGUCUUGUUUGCUGCAUUUCCAAAAAAAUAGAAUAUCUUACGUUAUAUUAAAAAAAGACACAUUGUAAUACAUGGGUCAAAUUGAUGCACAUGGCGGUUCUAGGUGGAAAUGUUUAUAACUUUAUCAUUUGUGUGAUUCUGGCUAUCAAACGCUGUCAUGAUAUUUAAUGAAUAUAUUUAGGAAAAGUCAAAAACAGACAUACACAUACGAUUUACAAUGGAAGAGUAAUUAACAUUUUAAAUCCAAAAUGGGUUAAAUUGACCUGCAUGGCGGUUCUAGUGUUAAGCACCUUUAUAUGUGUGUGUGUGUUUGUAUGUAUUUCAUAAGAUUGAGCUACUGGAGACAUGGAACUACAAGAAUCCAUGUCUUAUAAAUGGAUUGUCAUUGAUCAAUGUCAUUUUUAACGCACAUCAAAUUGGAUCAAACUUGUUUUGAUUCCAAAAUUGACGCAUCAGCGUCGUACAACAAUAAUGGAAUCGGUGUGCAAGUUGCAAUAGGAAAUGCACAUGUUCGUUUUUUUUUCUUGUUAGAUGCUCGUUAAAUUUGGAUGUGUGAUCUGAUCCAGUGUACAACAGCCUUAAUUCUAACCAUCUCUUGCAACUUUGCUACCUUUUCUUUAGGCCACAUUGUAUCAUUAUGAAAACUGAGCAAUCCCAGUUUCCAACAUACAUUUGUCCUGCAACUUUGAGGCCAAUUCAUUGUAUUAAUGGUUGUAGCAGUCAUAGUAGUAAUAGUAGUUUAAUGACUUACCUAUAAAAAAUGCUUAGAAUGGUAUUUUAUUUUGAUAUGUAAUAUGUACAAUUACAUUAUUCCUUAUUAAUAUUUCUCUCAUACUUUCUUACAGUUUAUAUUGUUUUUGGUCUUAAGUAAAUAUACUGAUUCUGAGAUUUUAAAAAAUGGUAUAAUAGUUUCAGGUGAAGUAUUUUAUGUGACGCAAAACACAAGUUUUCAAGACCACAUAGGUCCAAUCGGUUUCUUGUUGUGUAACAAUUCUGCUUUGUUUUUUUUCCUUUGUAAUUGUAAACCUGGAGUAAAAUCUGUGUAAAAGUUGUGAUAAUUAUUAUGAAGUAGAAAAUAGUUUAUAUUUCCUUUGCUUUUCAUAUUUCUUUACUAUUUUGUUUUGUAUUCCUAAAAACCGAGAUGAUCAGGCUUCAUCUGAUGGUCAAUUCAAUAACAUUCAAUCUUAUACUAUAAUUCAAUAAACUUUAAGAAUUGCUUACAAAUCAGUUGUGUUUGUAUUUUCUAUAACACCUCCCAAUAUGUGAAAUUAUAUAUCAGGGGUGGCCAAGCUGCGGCUCUUCUCCACUUGUUGUGCGGCUCGUGUGUGUGUGUGGCUCGAUAAAACUGGAAGAAGAGAAGAAAGAAUAAUAAACACGAGAAAUAAAAAGGGAGUAAAAUAAACUUGUUCGUUUGCUUUCUUAUUUCCAUUCGUGUUUACUGUUGUUCUUCCUCUUCUCUUCCGCCUAACCAGUACGUUUGACGCAGUGGCGUCAAGCGUAAUGACCUUUGACACUCAAUGUUCAUGACACUCAACGUCUGCGUAUUGCACUCACUUUCAAUUGAAGUUCGUUGGGAUGAUUAUCUUGUUUUUCAAGGCCAGGGUCAAUUUUUCUUUUUAUUUACUGUUUCGUUUUGGUUCAUUUCACCAAGAAAAUGGCAUUAAGUAAACUCUCAACUAAGAAAAGAUGAUAUGAGGAUGAAAAACGAGGUGUUGCUGUUGUGUGGAAUAUCGCUCGUGCCAAACGUCCUCAUUCUGAAGGAAAAUUUAUUAAAAAGAACAUUGCAGAAGUGGUGGCAUUUUAAAUCCCGAUAAUAAAAAGCUUCAAAAGCUAGUAAGCCAAAUUCCAUCUUCACGCCACACAACAGAAAGACGCAUCUCACUGAUCAGUGCUGAAGUUUCAACCAGUAUGAAAAAUGACUUGUGUAAA